AUGAAAAGCAAAGAUCUUCAAAAAAUAGUACUUUCAAAAUAUGAAAAUGGUGACAGUGCAACGCAGAUAUUUCAUGAUUUAAUCGGAGCGGUUUCACGUAAAACAAUUUUUAAUUGGUGGAAAAUGAUCCGCGAAAUCGGCUCUAUCGAUAUGUUUACUUCAUCAGGUCGUCCACGAAUUUUCCGAACAAAAAAAACGAUACAAAAAGUCAAAAACCGUUUAAAACGCAGAAAACUGGCUCAGGAACUCGCUAUUUCAAGAACAAGUGUUCGUCGUGUCUUAAAAGAUGAUCUAGGACUUCGGCUGUACAAGAAAAGAAUUGUUCCAUUGAUGACAGAUGCACAAAAAGCCAAGAGAAAGACGUUUGCAAAUUGGGUCAGAACAAAUUUCAAAAAAGAAGACACAUUGAAAAUCUUGUUUUCCGAUGAGAAAAUGUUUGACAUUGACGGAAUAUACAAUGCUCAGAAUGAUCAGGUAUGGGCUGUGGACCGUGGGGAAGCUGAUAGGAACGGUGGGAAGAAACAAAAACGUAAAUUUCCGCAGAAAGUUAUGGCAUGGUUGGAUGCCUGUUCAAAAGGUGUUACACCUGGACAAAGGUAG